AUGAGUUCCUACCUGGACUACGUGUCGUGCGGCAGAGGCAGGGGCGGCGGCGACGUGCUGAGCUUUGCGCCCAAGUUCUGCCGCGCCGACGCUCGGCCAGUGGUCCUGCAGCCCGCCUUCCCCAUAGGCAGAGGCGACGGCGCCUUCGUGAGCUGCCUGCCCCUGGCCGCGGCCCGAGCGGCGCCCUCGCCCCCGGCCGCUCCGGCGCAGCCUCCCGCGCCGCCCCCGGCCGCGCCCGCGUACGCGCCGUGCCCCCUGGAGGGGACCUACGAGCCGGGCACGGCACCUGACGCGGCUGGGGGCGCGGACUACGGUCUCCCGGGGCCCGGGCCCCCGUACGACUUCCCGUGCGCGCUCGGGCGGCCGGCCGACGACGGCGGGGCGCACGUCCACUACGCCACCUCGGCCGUCUUCUCGGGCGGCGGCUCCUUCCUCCUCAGCAGCCAGGUGGACUACGCGGCCUUCGGCGAGCCCGCCCCCUUCCCGGCGUGUCUCAAAGAGCCAGCCGACGGCCACUCCGGGGCCUUCCAGACCGCGUCCGCCGCCCCCGGCGUCUACCCCAAGUCUGCGUCCCCUUCCUCCGGCCUCCCCGCCGCCUUCAGCACGUUCGAGUGGAUGAAAGUGAAGAGGAACGCCCCGAAAAAAAGCAAAUUUGCCAAGUAUGGAGCCGCCAAGUCGUCCAGCGCGAUCCGCACGAAUUUCAGCACUAAGCAACUAACAGAACUAGAGAAGGAGUUUCAUUUCAAUAAGUACUUAACUCGGGCCCGACGAAUCGAGAUAGCCAACUCACUGCAGCUGAAUGACACACAAGUCAAAAUCUGGUUCCAGAACCGCAGGAUGAAACAGAAGAAAAGGGAACGAGAAGGGCUUCUGUCCCUGGCCACCACCGUGACUUCCCUCCAACUUCCCCUCUCAGGAACGAGCCCCACCAAGUCUGGCAAGAACCUGGGGAGCCCUUCUCAGGCCCAAGAACCUUCAUGA